AUGGUUGGAAAUGAAUUUGAUAAAGUUAUAAAAGAUAUGAAAGAGAUAACUAUCGGUGAAAGUGACGAUAACAAAAAGGAAGAUAUUGGCAUUUCUGGUGAAGAGCUGAUUGCUGAACAAAAGAGACAAGCAGCUAUGGAAAAAGAACGAAAAGAAAGACAAGCUAAGGUACAAAAAGAACGUGAAGAAGCAAGACAGAAAAUUCGUGAUAAAUAUAAUAUCAAGAAGAAAGAUGAGGUUGUCACUUCAGCUCAUGGAAAAACGACGACAACAACGACAUUGAAUGAAAACAAAGCAAGAGAAGUACAUCAUGCAUCAAAUGCAGAAGAUCAGGGUUUCGAUCCAAUGAAAAUGACGACAAAUGUGUUUGAUAAUUUAAAGAAAAAAUUCGGAUGGAAAUGA